AUGGACUCGGACGCCACCACCAAAUUCGUCCCUGAGUACAGGAAGACCAAUUUCAAGAAUAAGAACCGUUUCCAGAGCGAUGAAAUCCGCAGACGUCGUGAAAACCAGCAGGUUGAGCUUCGUAAGGCCCGCAGAGACGAGAUCUUGACCAAGAAGCGCAAUUUUGCCGGCCCCAAAGUGCUCGGAAACGACUCCGACGACUCCGACGAUGAGUCUAAGUCUGAUAACAACUUCAUGAACAAGCUACAACAUGAUUUGCCGGUAAUGGUGAAUAAGAUUCAGUCCGACGAUUUGCAGAGCCAGCUGGAGGCAACCAUCGAAUUCAGGAAGAUCCUUUCGCGCGAGCACAAUCCUCCAAUCGAUGCUGUAAUCGAAAGUGGUGUUGUUCCCAGACUGGUGAGUUUCAUGAGUGACACCCCUGAAUUGCUUCAGCUCGAGGCCGCCUGGGCUCUGACCAACAUCGCCUCUGGCAGCUCCAACCAGACCCGCGUGGUGGUCGAUGCCGGUGCGGUUCCACUGUUCGUAAAAUUGCUCUAUUCCCCAUCUGUUGAUGUCAAAGAACAGGCCAUUUGGGCUCUCGGUAACGUUGCUGGUGACUCUUCGGCUUACAGAGACUACGUGCUCAGUUGCGAUGCUAUGGACCCGGUUUUGUCCCUCUUUGCUUCCCAGAAGGCUACGCUCAUCAGAACCGCUACCUGGACUCUUUCCAACUUGUGUCGUGGCAAAAAUCCACAGCCUGAGUGGAGUAUCGUGAGAGCUGCUUUGCCUACUUUGGCCAAGCUCAUCUAUUCCCUUGAUCUCGAAACCUUGAUUGACGCUUGUUGGGCCAUCUCGUAUCUUUCUGAUGGACCACAGGAGGCCAUUCAGGCUGUUGUGGAUGCUAGAAUCCCCAGAAGACUCGUUGAUCUUCUGACCCACGAGUCAAACCUGGUGCAAACCCCGGCUUUGAGGGCAGUCGGAAACAUUGUCACCGGAAACGACAACCAGACCCAGAUCGUGGUCAACUGCGGUGUUUUGACUGCACUUGCUCCUCUUCUGAACUCGUCUAAGGAGACUUUGCGCAAGGAGGCAUGUUGGACUGUUUCCAACAUCACUGCGGGUAAUACCGAUCAGAUCCAAGCCGUCAUAGACAGCAAUCUGAUUCCGCAGAUCAUAAGGUUGCUGGCGACCGGGGAGUACAAGACCAAGAAGGAGGCAUGUUGGGCCAUUUCCAACGCGUCGUCUGGUGGACUGGCCAAGCCGGAGCAGAUAAAGUAUCUCGUGAACCAGGGGUGCAUCAAGCCGCUGUGCGACCUGCUCACACUUGCGGAUUCCAAGAUCAUUGAGGUUGCGCUCGAUGCUUUGGACAAUAUUCUGAAGGUUGGCGAUAUCGAAAAGGAGACCUUGGGGUCUCCAGUAAACCAGCAUGCGAUCUACGUUGAAGAGGCCGGUGGAGCAGAGAAGAUCUUCGAGUGCCAGCGCAGUGAGAACGAGAGAGUUUACCAAAAGGCUUUUGCUAUUGUCGAAAAGUACUUCAGUGCUGAAGAUGAUGAUCUCGACAACGAUGUGGAUGGCCUCAACCCAGAACAGUCUGGCGACGCCUUUGGAUUUGGUAUCGGGUCCUCCCAGAGGGGAGAGUUGGAGUUUAACUUUAACUGA